CAGCGUACAGACACCCUGAAACGGGAUCGUGUUUUCCUCAGUGUAAUAUUUUCCAUUUUGCCGAAAAAACGACGCACUUUUGUGACAAUUUUUGGCCCCAGAGAUGUGAGUUAACGUUAACACCAGGGAGGUCUGAUUUAAAACAUGUGCAAGUUUGAUACGAAAAUUCGAGAUCUGUGGGUAAACUUCUUCGUGCUUAAAGAAAUAACGUCUGGAGCUUCGCUUUCGCUCAUGUACCUUUGUACUUGAGGGAGCCCAAUGUGGGUGGAAGUGAGAUGGCAUCCAGGGAGAAGAGACCCCUAGCGCCUUCAAAGUCCAAACAGAAGGUGAAUAAUGAUUGUACAUCACCAUCAGUCGAGCAGAAAAGUAAGAAAGGCAAAGCUCAAACAAACACAAGACAACAGCAAAUUGCACAGGAUAUUUUAGAGGCUGUAGCUACUGGCAGUCAACUCCCUGUGAAAAUAAACGCAAACUUGCCGCGUAAAAAAGCCAUAAAAAAUUUACGGCAUAAGUCAAAACUUCAAGCUACGAAAAGCAACCUUAUUAAGGUUAAGAUCACUAAAAAAGCACCGAUCAGGGCUUUAAGAAAAACUAACGUGGAAACGAUCAGGGCCGUCAAGGGUAGAAGAACGAAAAAAAAUCUUACAGACGUGAAAAAUCUUGAAAAUAACAUUGAAAAUCCAGAUAACGAUAACGGUAUCACUAAAACUGGUGCUAAGGGAAACAAUAACAGUGUUAAAUCUGUAAAUACGGCAGUCAGCACGUUCAGAAAUAGUCUGAAAUCGAGAAAAAUUAAACACCCUAUCAAAAGCACAGAAGUCGAUAAUAGUAUCAUUGAAGUUACAGGAAAGGAGACCGACACUGCUAACUCUGGUGCAAUAAGCUCAAGAAAUAGCCCGAAGACUGGGAGAAAAAUUAAAAUCACUUAUAAGAAACUUCAAGAUCUUGAACCAGAGGAGACGGAAGAUAGUACGAGUUUAGAAACUGAGAAUAAAUAUAAUAAAGUUUCUAAAGUAGGGCCUGUUAAGAGAUCCAAUAAGGAAAAAGACAAUAGUACAAAGGCUGUUGAAGAUACUGCAAGCUCUUCAAAAAUUCUUAGACUCAAACGAAAUACCAGCAAAGAAAGAGAUAUCCAGACCAAUACUAGGAGUCCUAACGUAAUAGAUACAAAAAGUAUUAAAGCUAUAUCCGACAAUAAAAAUUUGGUAGAUCUUACAAUUGACGAGGUUAUUUCCACUACUGUUGUCAGAUCAGCCAUAGAAGAAACACAAGGAUCAGCAAAAAAGGCAAAGAAAGGGAGAAAAAUAUCAGAAAGGCCUGAAAGAUUAUUAUCUGAAAGUGAGAUCAAGAAAGAGUCAGAUACAGAGGAACUGAAACCCGCAGCAAAUGAAAGUGGUAAAGAACCCGACUUGGAGACACUAAAGCCGAACCAAAUUUUAAAAGAUAUGAGCCAAAAUAGUUCGGAUUGUGUGAAAAAUACAUUACCAAGGACAAGAUAUAAUCGCACAUUGGCACAGAGAAGCCUUCGAAACGGCAAAUUGCGUGGAUCUACCGAACUUGUUACAUCACUGGACGUGGAGGGUAGUAAACAAUACAAAUUGGAAUCUGCAGAUCAAACUGGGUCUGACACUUGUCCUGGUGAUUCAUCAGGGGACAUAACUGAAAGUGACCAUUUUUUUUACGAGUCAAAUUUAGAUAGUUCACAAGGCAUGAUGAAUUCGAGUAAAGCUGAAACCCCAAAAAACAAUGAAGAUGACGAGAACAAUGGAACUGGGAUAGGGAACAAUAAUAAUAACAACAAUGGAGAGCGCGGAGAAAGAAUAUCCGAAGUUGGGCCAACAUUGCGCUCUAAAACAAAAGCUAAAACUAUAGAUUCUACAGUGACAAGUUUGGAUAGUAAAUCAAGCAGUGACGCUAAAGCUGACGAAACAAAACUUGUAGUGAACAAUUCCAGUACACACGACGAGUCAAUAAAAAAUUCCACUGUAGAACAAACACGUAAAGAAAAUGUUCUAGUAAAUAUUUCGGAUAAACCAAAGAGUCGCCGGAGUAGUUUGAAUAUUGAAAUGAAGAAAACAGUUGCAUCAUUUUAUGGAUCUGAUAAAUCUGAGAAUCCAAAGUCGCAGAUUGAUCAAAUGAUAGAAAAUAUAAAAUUGAAUAUUGCAAAAUCAAUUGAAAGUAAAAUUUUUGGUCCUGAAAAGAGUCUCGUUUUGGGUAAGAGUUUUGAAAUAUCAAAGACUGAAGAGAUCGUUGCACCCUUGAGCACCGAAUUGCAGAAAAAGAAUUUAGAGGAGAAUGAUGAAGAUUUAAAUGCUCCAAAUGUUUCCAAGAGCGAAAUUAAAUCUGAAAAUUCAGAAAAUUCGAUUCCCAAAGUUGCAGAUACUGCUAAAGAGAUUGAGAAAAUGGUAAUGGGUGAUAUGGAAAUAACUGACACACAGUCACAGGAAAGGCAAACAAACUGCAGUGACAAUGGCAAUGUAGCUACUGCCAGUGGUUUAGUCGGAGUCUGCAAAUUUGAAAAUAUCACCAAUAGUAAAAAUGCCUGUGAGAGCUUUUCAGGGCAAAAAGACGUCCAUAUGGAAAAUUCUGGUCCUCAUUUGGUAUCUACUAAAAAUAAUGAAAUAUCUGGAAAGCCUACAGACGUGCCCAUGGAAGAUGUCGAUGAAGAUCAAUCAUAUACAGCCGAAGAUCAAUCUGGAGGAGUGGAUAUUGUCAAAACGUUGAUCAACACCAGAACAUCUAAUGUAAAUAUUGAAAAUUUAUCAGUUACUACUAAACAAUCAGUGGAAUGUAGUAAGAGUCAGUCAAACCAAAUUCAGCCCUUGCCAGAAAUUAGUACGACUAUUGAGAAGCAAUGUAAAAGAUUGCCUAUAGUUUUGAAUAAGCCAGAAAGCGCUGAUCAAAUAUCUGCACAAAUUAAGAAAAAUUUAUCCAUCGACGCUAGUGGUUCACAGGAGAGCAACAAAGAUACUCCCCAUCAUACAUUGAAUUAUGAAACAUUUAAACAAGAAUUGAAAGAAGUUCAUAAAAAUACAGAAUCUAGUAUCCUAGAAAUUGAAUCGGUAACAGAAUCGAGGAAUGCAAAUGUUGCUUUGAAUUCAUUUGGAAUAGGAGCUCAAUCGUUAGGCAUUUCAAACGAUAUCAAAACACUAGUAACAGGCCAAGAUAGUACUAUGGAAAAUGUUUAUUCAUCUACUACGAUACAAUCUGAAGAAUUGGAAACAUUGGAGAGUAUUUCUAGGGAAGUUGAAAGGUUAGUGGCUGAAAGUGAAUCUGAAAAUAAAAAGAUUACUAGCUCAUCGAGCCGAUCAUCCACUGAGACAGAUAAAAAGAAGACUGAGGAUCAUUUUCCAAUUAAAGCUUCGGAAAAUUGUAAUAAAUCUCCUGACGAUUUUAAUAACAGUGUGCAUCCCGAAUCGGAAACAAAUAGGUUUUUGGAAGUGCUGGAAUCUUCUUUUACGGAUUCCGAUAUUCUGACAAUGACACCAGAAAUCAGCGAGGUUCUAGCUUCUAAGGAAACACCCCGAACCGAUGCUAUCCCUUCAAAUGAGAUUUUAAACUCUGAAAAAUUCGCCCAAGAUUCAGUCAAUGAUGCUGAACGGUGUGAAAAUGACGAGACUGCUGUUGAAAAUCAAGAUACAGUCUGUGAUCAUCAGUCAACAUCAAACGGUCAGGAUAAAAUACUGAAUAGUCGAAAUUUGUCUGUAACAUCAAAAUUAUCACCUGAAAAUAGAGAAAAGUCAUCAAGUAUAUCAUCUCAAGAUAUCUCUCAGUUUUCGCGUGUUAAAGAAACCGUGGAAUUACAAAAUUUAAAUGUAGAGCAAAAGUCAAACAGCGGAGAAAAGACAACAAUUAGCCACGAUGAUUUGAAGCGCCAGAAAAAUCUUCUCAAGAACCCAGAAAUUUUAGAGCAAUUCGAUAGAAGCAUUGAAAACGAUCGAUCUUCGACUGUUUCAGGUGAAACGUCAUCAGAAAAGCGAACGAACAACCAAGAAAAAACUCCACAUGAGUCGAAUGAGACUUCACUUGUCGAUACGUCCAAUGGUGAGGGCACUAUGAAAAAAGAUUCAAGACUUGGCAACAUCGAUAAGCCAAUCACUGCUGAAGAGCAAUCAUGUUUAAUCGAGGAGAACAAACGUGUUUUAAGGGCGCGGGAUAGACAAAAGAAGGUGGAACCAACUCGAAAAUCCCAGGAGACUGUUCAGAAUGCAAAAGUGUUUGAGCAAUCUAAACCAAUGGUCAGUAUAUUGGAAAUUGUAAAAAAUGUUGAAGACGUUGACAAUGCAGAAAUCACAAAAGAACUAGGGGAGCAUAAAAAUGAUAGUUGUCAAGAAUUAACAUUAAGUAAACAGAGUAAUUCUGAUGGUGUGGCUGCUAUGGGCGAGUUAGACAGAUUAGAAUCUGAUGAACCAGACCCAGUUGAAAAUGAAGCAGUGCAAGGGUCUCUUAUUCGAACCCGGCGCGGUCGGGAGUUGAAAAAACGCAAAGAUGAGCAGCAACAGAUCCAGAAUGUUCAGAAACCGAAACGAAGUAAACGAGAAAACAAGAAAUCAGAUCAGCAGAAUAAAGAAGAAACUCUUUUGGAUAAUGAAGUCGCAAAAAUAAAUGAAAAUACUCAGUCACUAACGGAAAAAUAUGAGAAAGCUUAUAAAGAGGGUGGUAAUUUCAGAGGGUUUUCUGAAGGUAGCUAUAAAAACAUAUUUAGCUCUGGUAAAGUUCGAAAGAAUGAUAAUGAUCGAAGCCAUUCAGAGACUGAUUUGGAGAUGGUUAAACUUGAAAUGGAAAAUGUGGAACUCAUGAAGAAACGAUCAGGCAAUAUUACAGCACUACCAGACAUAAUUGAAGAAAAUUCAUCUAGAAAUUCGGAAGCAACUUCGGAAAAUGACAAAAAGAUAGUUGAACACACGUUGAAAACGCCAGAGACAUUACAGAAAGAUUUAGAUGAAACUUCUACCUCCAGCGAAUCAUCGAGUAGUGUCGCAGCAACACCCAAGAUAUUAGAAACACCUGAGGAUAAAGUGAAAAAAGAAUCUAUUCUAAGACUACUUGGCUUGGAGUCACUGGAAAAGGCGGCAGAACGUUUGAGUCAUCAGAAAGCUAAGAAAGAACAGUACACAGGCACAUUAAAAACUGUUAUUAGGGUACAGAAAGAAAAAGACAAGAAGCGAUCACGAUCCCCAUUGAAAAUGGUUUUAAAACAAGGCCGAAGCGAUGGAGAUGGAGACUCGCCAGAAUUUUACACCAUUCAAAAGGAGCUUGGAACCAGCGGCUUAGGCGACAGCAGCUCCGGUGCGAACCGCAAGUUCUCUACUAAUCACAGACAUUCUUGCGAUGAAGAUCCAGAGGAACCACCGUCAAAAGAUCGUCAGUCACUUGUCAUCCCAGAGAAAUCAUCAUCGUUUUCAAUACAUCCAGGUCGUUUGUGCGCAGAUGUGUGCUGCUACUGUUUUGGAAAAUUUGGUUUAUUAGAUACACCUAUGCACUUGGCACAAAUGAAAUCUGAUGAGCGACGCAAAAAGAUUUUGAAUAUUGAUAGGUAUCUCACAAAAGAUUCCUGUCUUUGCGAUGCUUGCUAUCGUCAUGUAGAUCGAAAGGCAAAUACCAGCCCUACAAACAUGCAAGCCAAACCUGAAAGACAACAUCGGCAGUUGAUGGUCUCCAAGUGUUCCGCAAGAGAGUGCAGAGAACCAGCUAGGCAUCAUGUCAAGCGACGUUGGCUGCUUAAAAUCAAAGCUGGGCUCCAAAACCAGGUGGAUAUAGAUUGGGAGUCAAGUCAGCAUACGUCAAUGUCCUUUUGCGUGAAUCACUAUUCAAAGAUUGAAAGGUUUCUAACAUGUGCACUUUGCAAGCGUCGUCUUGCCAGAAACCAUACUCAUCAACUGGUUGCUGCUGAAACUGAUGAGUUGAAUGAGCGCCUCAGACAUCAAGGAAUACCAGUGCCACUUUCAGCUGGUACCUUUGUUUGCAAACUCUGUAGGUAUUUUACUCAGCUACAGCUCAAGUACAAAGACAUCGAAAACAUGAACGCGAACCACAAGUCGUUCUUCAAGAGUUACAGAAAGCGAAUUUUGCAUUACCACGAUAUUGAAGUACUCGAAAACGAAGAAGAAGAUUUGUCUCCCCAGAGCCAACCUCCCAAAGACAAAGAUAAACGAAAAAAGUCGAAAUGUGGACAAGGUAAGGGUGGUAGCUCUAAGUCCCUUGACAGUACCCACAAUUCCGCAUCGGAAAAGUCGACUCCAGAGCCAAACAAAAAUGAAGGAAUGAAUUUCGAGACAAGUAACCAUGCUUUUGGCAACCAAAAUUCAACAAAUGACAAAAACCGUGAUCAAGAUACUACCGCCUAUCAUGAGAUCCAAAUUUUGAAUGUCGAAGAUUCAGUAGAAAAUUUGAAGAAAAGGAAAUCCCAUGAUAUGCAGGGUUACCGUAGCAGCCCCAUGGCUUCUUCUGGCGGUGCUAAUGAUCUUGUUGAAAUAUUGGCUAUGGACAAGGAAGUAACCCUAACAAGACUACCGAAAAGAAACAGAACAAACAGUGAUAUUACUCCUGUUGUUCAAAGACUUGGGGCUAAUCCCUCCAUCAGUGUACGUACGCUCUUCCCUGGCGAAGAGGAAAUGAAUUUACAUGCAAAUGUUGAAUUCAACAGUGUCCGUGAAGUCACGCCGCAGGGAUGGGAAAAGUGCGCAACAAUGAUACAGUAUGAUAGAGAUACUAAACUGUUAUGGCAAGAACUACAAAGGCCGUACGGGAACCAGAGCUCGUUUCUCAGACAUUUAAUACUUUUGGAAAAGUAUUACAGAUCUGGAGACCUAGUAUUAGCCCCAAAUGCAUCUCGAAACGCUAUUAACUAUUCUACGUCAGUACAGAAUCGGCUAAUAUCUUAUGAGGGACCAGAGAAAGUCGACGAACCUAUCAUGGAACCGAUUUCAUCGGAGUUCGCUAGUCCACGGAGAUUGAGCGGUGGUUUCGUGAUGGAGAGAGAUAGACUUUCCAUGCCAAGUACCAGUUCUUUUCUGACUAAUACAUCAGUGAACUCGAAUGUAACUAACUCAUUUUCUAAUUCAACGAAAACAAGUCCGCCGCGGAUAUUGAAGUUAAAUUCGGGUGUAUCAAUCAUAAAAAAACCCCCACCAAACCUGCAUCGUUUGAAUUUACCAUCGACUAGUACGAGUAAUGCAAGUAACUCAAAGCGCAAAGACAACAGAAUGCCAGUCAUGUCAGGUGGUAAAGUAUUCCAGUUAAGUGAACCAGAAUUUAAAAAAUUACAGCACUUGAAGAGGCAAAAGCAAAUGCUUAAUGAAAAACAAAUGUCGAAUAUUAACUUGACCGGCAAUAGUGGUGGUUCUGUUUCUCCAUCAAGCGUACCUAGUAGACCACCAACACAGUAUCAAAAGGCACAAAUAGCCGCGCAAACACAAUUUCAAAAGCAUUUGCGAAUGCAGCAAGAAAUGCUAAACAGACAGAGCAGAAGUGAUUUUGAACCAUUAAUAUGUGAUGUUCGAUCAUUGACGAACGAGAACAACCCAACACAGAACCUGUUGAGUAACUUGAAUUUACCAAAAUCAAUUCAAGUCACUACAAAACCCCCAAAUCCGAUUCCAAUAAUGCCAAAAAUUCCGAAAUCUCUAACCGUGAUACCCCAAACAAUUACUAGACCUACGGAUAAAUGAAAGAAUAAAAUAAACUUUUUAGUGAUUUGCACCUUCUAUUGGACCACGUUAUGCAUCAAGAACCAUAUCAUGACAAUUUUACGUUGUAGUGAAAAAAAAGAAACAUGAGAAUUUUUCUUGUUACAUUAUACAAUACUAGAAACAAUACCGGGCAAGUUUUAUUUUCUGGCGAUCAUUGAAUUGUUUUUUAUACACACACACACAUACACACACAUUAUUUAUUGGUAGAGUGUUGAACGUUUUCUUUAUCGACAUAUACAACCAUGGAGCCUUUAAUAUUUUUCAUCAUUAUAUAUUAAACCGCGGGUAUUGCGAUUUUUAAUUGUUAUAGUUUUUUUUUUUUAUUUUUCUAAUAUAAUUUUUCUCGUAUUAAAAGAAAAAUUAGUACAACAGGGCGCUUCUUUAUUUUCACCAAGCUCUGAUGAAUGCCUAUCUUCUGACGAUGCAUAACAGGGACUGAUUAGGCAUGUUUCGAAUUCGGAUUAGAAUUUUGAAAUCUCAGCAUUACCCAUUAUUGAAAUACCUUGAUUUCGGAUACUGAAAACGGACCAUAGUCUUUUUGCUCUUAUAUUGAGUUAUUGAUUUCUGCGAAAUCAAAUAUUUGUAGAACCUAUCCGAUGUAUAGAUAGGCAUUGCUAACCUAAUUAUAAUAUUCUCGCAUUUUCCAAAUAUUUCAAGAGCGGAGAAUGUAUGCAAUUAAUUUUUUCAAUUUUAAUUGCAAGAUGUGGAAAGUCUAAUGUAUUUGUGAAAGAAACAUUAAUUAAAUAUUCUAAAAGUGAAUUUUAACAUUUGAAAUGAAUCAAAAUCUUGAGUGGUUGUAUAGGCGAAGAGACGAUACUAAAAAAAUUAUGAAUAAUCUGAUAACUUAUGCUAACGUAACAGCUGACCUAACACCACUGAAUAUAUCAAUGUUCACUAAGAAAAGUGCCUAAACAAUGUGAGAACAUAUUAGUUGUUAUUGACCUAGUACGUUAAAAACUGACUUACAAUGGUAGAUAAAAUUAGUUAUUACCUAAACAAAACCAUAUCAGCGCUACCUAAAUAAUUUUUUUUACACAUAUGAUUUAGGCUGCGGAUGUAGAAAAAGAGUAUUCGGAUGUCAUUCAGAUGAUUGCAGUACUGAUUGAGUUGCAGUACGUUCGCCAUGCGACUUAUUCAUUGUUAUACUGUAACAUAAUUUUAUCUUUUUUACCAAUCGUAUAUUCAGCGUUGCAUCUGCUGAUGACUAUCUAUAAGAUGCGCGAAAUGGUUGAACAUGCCCCAUGAUUUCUGUAACAGUACUGCUGAGACAGAAAUAGACUCUGGUGGAUCCUUGACAUCCAGCACUCAUUAUGUAUUAUCUAUACUUUUAGGUUUAGAAGAAUGAUGAUUAGCCUUUUACCUUUUAAUUAUUAUACACAUAAAAAAUGAAUGCAUCUCCAGCAAGGAGCAUAAUAGUAAUCUGUAAUUAUAAACGAAAUUAAGUCUAAAUAGUUAAUUGAAUUCUAGGACAUGCGUUGAGCUUAUUUAUUACAACAUAAUUAUAAUGUACAUAAUUAAUAAAUAAUAACAAUCAUAAUUCGCAUAAGAUUCCUUAGUUUUAUUGAAAGUGGUAAACCACAAUGAGUACAGUUUCUGAAAUCAAUGCUGCACGGCAAUAAGUAUCUUAUGCCACCAUUCAGAAGCGAUCUUUCACGUUCUUUUUGUAAAAAAAUUAAAAAGUGUUCUUGGCACUGUAAUUACCAUAUAUUAAUAGAUUUGUUUUCCGUGCAGUUAC